AUGAAUUUAAUAAUUGAACCUUCACCUGAAGAAGGCGGUGCAAUAUAUAUAGGCAACCUCGAAGCUGCCAGUAAUGUCGAAUAUUUAAAAUCACAUAAUAUUGGUGCUGUUUUAACAGUUGCAGGUGGGGUUGGAGUUUUGAUUAGGCCUUUUCGCAUGUGA